AUGGAUCCAUAUACGCCUCGGACGCAUGGGCGGAAGAAGAAUCUGGGGUUGUCUACUCGAGAAUACACCAAGGUAACUGGAACAAUCGCGUCCGUUCGGCGCACGCGCCAAUAUCUCGAGGACGGUCUCGGUGAUGAAUCCGGAGCUCGUGUCCCUUCUUCGCGGGGCAGCGUCGACAGAGGAGGAUAUGAUGAGCCGUCUUUCAUAGCUGAGACCUCGUUCGUUCGCGCACCGCUGAAUUCGCGCGUUGCUUCCGGAGUUGGGGUCCCUAAGGACAGGUCAAAGGGAAAGGGGAAAGCACGAGACACCCUGGAUGGCGUUCCGGUGGAGAUACAGGAGGCUCUCAUCCUAGAAGACCUUCUCUUCGUAUUGAUGGGGAUCGAAGGAACGCACAUCACUUAUCAUCCUGAUCAUUCACCUGAGGACGACGAUCCUCUACAGGGUGUUCGCUUUGUCGUGUCACCAUCUCUUGAUCCAUCGUUGCGCGAUUUGGUGGAACGAAUCCUGCCCCUGGCCACGUACUACACUGCUAUCACUUCGUUCAUUGAGCUCCGCAGCCACCUCGACUUCGGCCUUGUGAACCACGCGCUAUGUGCGGCGAUGCGCGACAUGCUGAAGGACUACCAAACAUUGCUUUCACAACUUGAGCAUGCCUUCAGCACAUCGCCGCAGUUCACGCUACAGAAAUUGUGGUUCUACGUGCACCCUACGCUUCACACGCUUUCCUUGCUCUAUUUGCUAAUUACGGAGCUUGCCACUGCGGACGACCCUUCGGCCGCGAUGUCGGACUCUGACUCGGAUAGCACACCGGAUCCCGAGGAGGAAGCACGGAAUGAGGCGCUUGGUCUCGGGGGUGCGAAGCUCAAAGCCGUCUUGUCCGAUAUCAAUAAGGGCUCCACGCUCGGUGUGGACGACAGCGCAAGCGGCAUCGUCAAGGGGGGUGAGGUGCUUGCAAUCCUACAUGAGCGGAUGCAGAACAUGUCUGGCGACCCUGCAGCGCGCGCGCUAUAUGGUGCGCUUUCGCGGGCUACAGGCAAGCCUUACGUGGAGAUGGUGCAAGUAUGGAUACGCACGGGACGCUUGGUCGACCCCUACGAGGAGUUGUGCGUGAAGGAGAGCAAGUUCAUCGACCGAGGUACACUAGAGAUGGACUAUGUCGACGAGUACUGGGAAAGGCGUUAUACGCUUCGUGACGGAACAGCCGUUGGUGGUUCAUCAAAGCAACAUCAGGCAGGCGUGCCUUCACCACGUACAGUCGAUGGUCGCUUGCCUGGAGGUGCCUGCAUCCCUCCGCCUUUGGAGCGAUGGAAAAAGAAGGUGUUACUGGCUGGGAAGUAUUUGAAUGUUAUCCGGGAAUGUGGUAUCGAGAUCAGUCGGGAUCCAGAUUCAACGGACGACGAGGAGUUUUCUAUGGAAGACGACAAAUUUUACAAGUCUAUUGACGAGGCUUAUGCGCAUGCAAAUCGCACUUUACUCCAACUACUCCUGCGAGACCAACAGCUCAUGCCUCGCCUUCGUUCUCUCAAGCGCUUCUUUUUCCUCUCGCAAUCAUCAUUCCUCACCCACUUGCUUGACCUAUCGCAGUCUGAGCUGCGCAAACAGGCCAAGUCCGCGUCGCUCGUGAAGCUACAGAGCCUUCUGGAUCUCGCGCUUAACACGGAUACGCAAGGUGAAGAUGCGAUGUUCCGGGAAGAUGUGCGUGUCACUAUGGCCAGCAGCGGAUUAUACGAGUGGCUGUUGAAGGUUGUGACGGUUAACGGCGUGAUUGGUGGGGAGGACGGUGACAGAGGCCAAGCAUAUGAGGAGUCGAAGAAAGAACGAGAGAAGGAAAAGGACGACAAGAAACAAUUGCUGGCUAUUGACGCGCUGGCGCUGGACUACAACGUCAAAUUUCCGCUAUCGCUUGUCAUUUCGCGCAGGACCAUUCUCCGAUAUCAGCUCAUCUUCCGCUUUCUGCUCCAUCUCAAACACGUCGAGCAAUCUCUCUCAUCCAUGUGGAUCGAACACAAGACAUCGCCUUGGCGCCGUUCGACACGUCCACCUACGAGUCGCGCUUCGUCGCCGGCAUCGACACCGGCCAAUGACUGGCAUACUGAUUUCGAGAACUGGCGCAAGCGCGUGUUCCUCCUUCGUACACGCAUGCUCGCGUUUGUUCAACAGGUACUGGCAUUUUGCACAUUCGAGGUGCUCGAACCCAACUGGCGUAAGCUGGAAGAGAAACUCAAGGCCGGCAAGGUCGAGACAGUCGAUCAGCUUCUGCGAGACCACGUCGACUUUUUGGACACCUGUCUCAAAGAAUGCAUGUUAACCAGCUCAAAACUCCUUAAGACCUACUCGAAGUUGAUUGUGACAUGCUCGACAUUUGCUCUCUACACGGCUUCUUUCACCAAGUCAGCCAACCAGGCUCGUGCCACGGCAGACAGCCCCGAGGGUGACCGGGCGAUGCCUAAGCGAUGGGAUUUUUUGGACAAGUUCGAGACGAACUUCAAUCACUGGUUCGUCCAUCUUGAUUGCGUACAGUUCUACGCAUCAAGCGAGAACGUGUCGUUACUGCCGCUUGUGGUGCGGUUGAACAGCAUCAAAGCGACAUGA